CUAUCUUCGUUCUUGUUCACGCCGGUUAUAUCUUGCUCAUUCACUGCUGCCCAGAGGCAAACCCUGUCGACAAAUAUAAUCAUUCUCGAAAGUCAUAUCAAUAAUGUUCCCCUCACUUCGAUUCAUCUUACCUUACCUCCUCCUCCCGCUCGUCCAUGCUUACUUUGUCGUCAAUUCGCCGGCAAAGGGCGAUGAAUGGAUAAACGGCCAGACUUGGGGCGUAUCAUGGACGAAGGGCCUCCAAGACGACGUCGACGCCUUUGACAUCGAGCUUUCCCGUAUGAGCACAGAUGGGAUCAUCUAUGUUGCCAGCGCUGUCCCUGCACUUCUAGGCUCUUUCAAUCUCGACAUAACGGGCCUUCCAGCCGCAGACGACUACUAUCUCCUCUUCAUAAACUCAACGCACGGAGUCCUUUACGGCAACUCUUACGCCUUUUCCAUCGUAGAUUCCGCCACAAAUGCUUCUACCCCCAAACUCGACUCAUCCAAACCGACUGUCAGCGUUAGCGGUGGCCCGAAUCCCACGGCAGUGUUUGCGACGACAUUCCCGGCCAGUGCGAGUAGUGCGCUGGGUACUUAUGUCAUAGGGACGGGCGUGGUGGGGAUGGUGGGCUUGGCGGUGGUGAGCAUGAUGGGCGGGGCUUGGGCGGUGUUGUGAGCAGACAUUUCAGAUGCAUUACGCUGGAUAGAUGGACGGCGAGACGUUGGCGUAUCAGACAGAUGGUUACGAGAGGUGAGCAGACGGCUCUUUUGUGGCGGUGGGACACUGGAUACGACACGAUAAGGCCUUCCAUAUGUUCACGAGAUCCUUGUUAUACGUUCGUUUGGCCAUUCGCACACCCCUCGUUUAUACAUUACUUUCUCCUUUCGCUGGGAUUCUCGUCCGUGCAUCGUUGUCACUGGUCGUGUUGUUAUGGGUUGUACCAUCCUUCCGUAUCCUUUCUGCCUUUUUCUCUCCACGUACUUUACAUACCUCAGCAUAGCAAUUUGCAUGGACUAUUUCCUCGCCGCCAGCACUGUCUCUUGCCAGCCCUCUCCAAGUAUGCGAAUGUCGCCG